AAACAGUAGCAACACUGUGGCUCAUCAGGCCGUUUUCUUUCAGACCUGCGAUGGGAUUUGGGAAGGGAUGUUUGGAUUUACCAUGAGCACGCAGUGGGAUUGUGCAGUUUUGGAUUGAACUGUGUUUCAGUUUCUUGUGUUUUGCUGUCGGUGUAUUUAAUAGAUUGUGGCUGGUCAAGAAAAUUGUUCUUUGGGAUGGAUAUUCAACACAGGCGGCGGCAGGAAAGGCAGUAGAUGUUGCAGAUGGGGUCCAGGAUUGACAGACAGGCUUAUUAAAACGGGAUAAUGCCCCUGGGUGAAAAAGACUGCCUUGCCUCUUAUAAAGUGUUAGUGGUCGGGGAAACAUCUGUCGGGAAGACGGCUCUCAUCAACAAUCUCGUGGGGCGAGAAUUCAGGGAGAGCAUGGUUCCAACUAUAGGUGUGGACUUUGUGAAGAAAAUAUUCGAAGUUGAUGGAGCACUUAUUCAACUCGUGAUAUGGGACACUGCCGGACAGGAGCGAUUCCGGUCUAUCACCAAGUACCAGUAUCGGGGAGUACAGGGAAUUGUCCUCGUGUAUGACGUCACAAAUUUCGAAUCAUUUUCACAUCUCACGUACUGGAUCUCGAGUAUACAAUAUGAAGUUGCGCACUGUCACAGUGGACGCGGGAGAUAUGAGCCGAUACCCAUCAUCCUUUGCGGCAAUAAGUGCGACAUGGUUGAGAAGCGUCAAGUGAAGUCGUACAAGGGAUACAAAUUGGCUGAGAAAGAAAUGGCGUUUGAGUUCUUCGAGACCAGCGCCAAGACAGGAACCAACGUCUUCCCCUCAUUCCAGCGUCUGGCAUUCCACGUCACUGACAUACAUAACCCAAAGUUGAUGAAAUCCUACCACCCCUACAUGAUACGUUGCUAUGACGACACGGAAACAACCGAGGAGUCACGUGGCCAGAUCAAACCGAGAAAGACUGCGACCAAGAAAGACAAAAUUGUACCCAAAGACAGGGAAAAGUGUGUCAGACAGAAAAAGAGUUUGUGUUGCGGGUGUUUCAGGUGACGAACGAUGCCCAGCUAUAUGUGUCACCAUUGGAUGACAAUAUGAAAGCAUCUCAUUACAAUCAUUCGUCACCACUCGCACCUUUCCAUAACCUCGGAUUCUCCCGGAAUAACACGAGUGGGUCACGAAUGCAUUACAAUCAGACCUAUUACCUGUCAGUCAACGUCUGGUAAGUUUUCUGGAGCAGACCACGUCUAUGAACUGCCUAGACUUCGUAAUUCUCGAAACGGAGGAGCGAAUAAUUCCAGGCAGUAUAUCCGACUUCUCUAUGUAUAAAAGGAACGUAAACAGGCAGUUCCGAAUGAACAAUAACAAUGACCGUACUGAGGUAAAUUUAUAUUUUCACAGUUAAUUCGGUGAUGUUUUCAGUGAAGUGUCUAUAGUCUUUACCGCUUGCCUCCAGCAAAACUGCCCAGAAGAUCGUUGUCCUGGAAAAUCCGUUCAACAUCCGUUGCUAUUAGAUGUCUGAUUGGAUAAAAACUAAAAUCUCAUACAAUGUAUUUCAUUAUGAUUCCGCGAUAUAUGUUCGUUGUGAGUUUAGCGGGAGAGGAUAUGAGUUUUACAGAGAUAAUAUCGUAUCGAAAUAUAAGGCAUGAUUUUAAUCACCUUUAAUACUUCACUGGGUUGUGAAUACUCCCUUCCUUCUUUACCCGUGAACACAUUCGGACACUGUCCAGUUGCCGCAUAUAGGGUCGGUAAAAGUAGGUCACGGCACCUAGCGAGACUUUAGUACUUCCGGUGACAAACAACGUGUCAUACCUUUCCGAAUGGUCUCAUGGUUGUCAGUUGACAGUAAGGAACUGAUAAUCCCUACAGGAAUAACACAUGUUCGAUCUAACCGUCCCCAAAUUAGCCAACUGUGACAGCCAAGAAUGGACGUACACUCCAGUCCAGUAAAGUCAUAUUUGCUGGUUGCGCAAUUUGAAACCAGAACUGGCUCUUGAAUAUACGCUUGCCACCGGAAAUCUUGUACCGGGAGUAAGCUGGGCCCCGUCUCGCAUAUCGCAAGUUGGCGCGCUCCAAGGGAGCCGGGAACCAGCUCAGAACCGGAAGUGGUGCCAAAAAUACGUUUGAAGCCUCUAUCUGGUCCCAGCGAGAGGCCAAUCAAAGCCCAGAUUACAUAAGCAAUUUUUCUCGUGCAACACGUGAAAAAGCCUCACUGCCGUCAAACUCCACACAUCUUUCAAUUGAAGGCAAGGGUAGGCUUCGCACAAUGUUCAUGCAGGGACUCGUGAGGUCACUGAAGACAGAUACGAACCGUAAAGCCUUCACGGGUGACGAUGAAACGAAGUGAAUGUAAUCCAGUGAAGUAUUGAAGACGAAUUUUAAUGGGAUUUUAUGCAAUAUGUAUGUUUUCGCAAUUCAUUAAAGUUGUAUGUCAAUUAUAUGUGUCAUUUUAUGCAAUAAAAUGAUUAUAUCCAAA